AGGAGGCGUGGAGGGCAGCAGCGCCAGAGGCACCGCGGAAGGGGCGGGUGUCGGUGCUGGGGCCCUGUUGAGCGCCCAGCAGACCUCCACUCAACGACAGACGACCUCCCUGGUGGAUAAGGAAGCCAGGAAGAUAGAUGCGCUGGCUAAGAGGGCUUAUGCGGCGGCCGCGUUGGCAGCGAAAGCUACGAACUAUACAGCUUGCAUGGGGGCAUACGUCCAGACGUUAAUGGAGGGCAUCUCUCCGAUAGUUCCGGACGUCUCAGACGAGGUGCAACGGACCUUGACCGAGAUCAGGGAUGAGGCCCAUUCUAUUGGGAGCUGGCUGAUCACCACGGCCAGAAACGUCACCGAAUGCACUGGGAGAGCUAUGUCGGCGUCCAUUGCACUGAGGAGACAUGCCUGGCUCCGGGGCUCCGACCUCAACCAGAGUGUGAGGGCCACCAUCGAGGACAUGCCUAUUGACGGUUCGGGCUUGUUCCAUGCCGACACGGAUGAGAGGCUCAACAAGAGGUUUCGGAUGGCAUGUCUACACCGGGGCCUUCUUCUUUCCGCAAGCGUCUCCGCCCUUGGCAACAUCACCAAGGACCUUUGGUUUGCGACGGUGGACUUAAAGGACGCUUAUUUCUAUGUGGGGAUAAGGGAGUCCCACCGCAGGUUCCUUGCCUUCGCCAUCGGCUUCGUUGCCUACCACUACAAUGUGCUCCCAUUCGACUUGGCCAUAGCCCCUCGAGUCUUCACGAAGUGCAUGGCCCCAGUGAUAGCCUACCUCCAUCAGAGGGGACUCAGCGUUUUUCCGUACCUAGACGACUGGCUGCUGACAGCCCCGUCAAGACAAGAGCUUCAGAACGCAAUUCACUUUACCCUGCGCCUCUUGUCAGACUUGGGACUCGUGGUCAACCUAGAAAAAUCCCACUUGACCCCGUCCAAGCAGGUCCGCUUCAUCGGCUCCGUUCUCGACUCCGAAGAGUCUACUGCCUAUCUUCCUCAGGACCGCUUCCAGACUUUGUCAACUGCAGUGCGCGCCGUCCAUUCGCACAGGAGAGUCAGGGCCAGGAACAUCCAGGUUGCCUUGGGACACAUGGCGUCCACUACGUUCGUGACUCCAUGGGCACAGUUGCGCCUCAGGCCACUUCAGUCGUGGUUCCUAUCUGUCUUCAACCCCUUGGCAGACUCCCCAAGCAGAUGGCUCACUGUGCCGAGGCCCGUGACCGCCUCUCUCGAAUGGUAG